AGGCUUCUUCCUAGUAGUCUGUUGCUAGGACCAAGAUUAUUCUUCACCUUACCGACGAGACUAAAACAACUGGAAUUACCGACGGAGAAAUAUCGCGUUACUCGUAUGAUUCUUGUUUGCAUCCCAAUCGAAAACUUUGAAAGUUGCUUUUCACGAACGAAACAAAAAAAGAAAAAACGAAAAGUUGAAAGAAAAAAGAAUAGAGCCAAGGCUCGAUCUAUCUCAGGUUAUCCAUAUCGAAUCUGUAUUUAACUCUCCCACUGCCAUUCUCUACUAAAGCCACACAAUGUUGUCAUCUCUUCUGCAAUUUCACUCCCCGCGAGCCCGGCACGCGGAACGCUAUGGGAACCGGCGGGACGUCCAUAAAAAUCUUCAUGAUUUUAUUCCAGGGUCGCCGGCUCGGGCUCAGACUAGAGGCCUUUUUUGUCGGUAUCGGACGCUGCUGGGGCUGGUGGUGGUCUUAGCGAGUGACUUCGGAGGAAGCACUUCUGUCCACGCGUCGAACGGUGCAGGAGCUGCCUCAACGGUUCACGAUUCUACUGCAGAACAAGCACCAGCCGAACCAACCAGCACUGAUGACUCGUCCUCCUACUUGGAUUCGGCUUCUGAUACCGAAGAAUGCAACCCCGGCCUUGCAGCUUUGUUCGAUGGUCCUCUACUGCAUCCUGUUUCUUUACGACGAGCCUUGAACAAGAAGAAAGAGCCGGCGGCAAGAACACAUCCAAGCGCCGGAGAGGCUAGUGCUGUUGCUGUAGCCGAGCCAGAACAUGAUCAUACCGAUGGAAAAUCUGAUACAACCUCUCAGGACCCUUUUCGCAGCUUUUUGUCCACCGCGUGGUCGAAGAUGAAGCCAACUGAGGCUGAACUAGGUCAAGAAGUAGAACUACAAGCGGGCUGCAAGUUGAAGAUCACUUCUCUCGCAGCGGGACCACCAUCUGCUUCACCCCCACCUACAACUUCCGCGUCUCCCACUCGUCGUCGUCGGGGUUCGCCUCCUGCGCUACGAGCCGCGCCUGGUCUGGUCGCAGCCUUGAACUUAGCUCCAAGCACCAUCCGCAUCAAAGACGGGGGCCAGCGGAUCGGCCCGAAUUCGCAACGGAUUCCGCCCGCGCCGUCCCUGGCCCAGAGCAUGGGGGUGGUUGUGAAUGUUGACGGAGAAGCAAUGUUAGCCGAGAAAAACGCUAGCCGACUGGGCCGUGCUGGGGGUGGUGAUCGGGGGGAUGAUGAUGAUGAUGAUGAUGAUGAUGAUCACUACCCCAGCAGGAGCCUGGUGGAUGAUGAUGAAGUUCUUGAGCCCGGUGCCAGCGCUGGUGUCGUAGAAAAAUCUCUUCCACGUCCCAGUAGUUGUCGUGGAGUAUUGUGCGGCGGAAGUCCAUCGUCCAGCAGUAGUUGUCGUGGAGUAUUGUACGGCACCCUCCACCGACCGGACGCGGACGCUUUUACUGCGACGAGCCCUGCUCGAAUAGAAGACGACACUUUGUCAUCCUCGUCUUCAACUUCAUUUAUCAAAACCUCCGUAGGUGGAGGACGAGGGGGCGGGGAUCCUCGUGGUCCUGGUCGUCAAAAUGCUUCUGCAACGAGCAGCGCGUCCUCAUCUUCCAGGGCUCGGCACAAUCACUACGAGUACCUUGGAAUUGCCAACAGGGCCGCGGCCGCGACCACAUCCACAAGGCCACUACCGGUAGGGGAGUUGCUGCCGCGACGAGCAGCACGGGCCGUCGCCGUUGGAACUGCUUCUAGUACCCAAGUCGGCUCCUGCAGCGACAAGAACCCUAAGAACGGCAGCUUCAUCGCGGACGAGCGCACGAGACGCAGAGUUACUUUUGCUGCAGGUGAAGGCUGUCAUGAGGAGGAUAUCUUCCAGUCCCGUCACAGUCCUCCACCAGGCAUCUGGUCCAGCCCGACCUAUGCAGGGCCUGCUGCACAAUCUCGCCGAUCAUUUCUUGGAAGCCGCGACGAAGUACAACAAGAGAAUCGCGGCGCUGUUGGUGUCCUCGAAGAAUCUGAAUCCUCUCGAUCAUCUGCUACAAGAGAUACACAGCGACAGCACGACGGCCACGCCGGGACGAGGCAGUAUACUGAUACAACUUCACCUUCAGGGAUGAGUUAUGAUGCAGACAAUGUUGUUGUUCACGGUGCCCCUCCUGGUCGAUUUUGCUCCUCUGCUCCUCGUUCUGUCCCUGCGCUGCACGAUUUCGUUGGGGAGGCGCUAGGACUAGCAUCUCCGGAUCCACCUCCCGGACCGUUCCACCGAAGUAUGUAUUUUUUCCCGUAUCCAGCACUUGCAGUUGCACCUCCUCCGGGGCUUGAACACCUACGGCCGCCGCCCGUUAAUCGUAAUCCGAGUAGGCUACCCCAAUACGGAGCAAAGGGGCGUGGGAAAGGAAAAGGCAAGCGUAAAGCUGGAUAUGCUGGCAGAAAUUCCAGCAUAGCGGAAGUAGGCGAAGGCACUAGUUCUUCGAGUCACGCGGGGGCGUCCAGAGACACUAUCUUUUCGAGCAACUAACUGCCUUCCAGAGACACUAGUGAGUUUUUCGAGUAACGUGGUGGCUGUGCCGUCCAGACGAGACACUGGUUUUUCGACUAACAACAUGUCGGAAGAUUUGUAUUCGUUUUGAUGACAGCAAAAACAACAAGUCAAAGCUGUAUUUCUCUCGAAAUGUGGAACGAACUUUGCUCGCGGAUGCUGCGUCAUCAACUUCUUAAUACACAAUUAUAGCAGCUACUGAAACCAAAACAGCUUUUCUCUUUGAAGCGCCACGGCUGCUACAACGGAGACUCGACUCAUUGCAAUUUUUUAGGGUUUUGUUGACAAGAAUUUCAUCAAACUCGGCUUCCAUGACGCAGAAUAGAACGACUUUUGCAGUUUCCACCGAACGUAAAAUACAUUCGCAAUUGAUACUACUACUUUCAGACUGAAAAUACGAAUACCGGAGCUGCAGCUAGCUCGAUAACGGUAUCAAUCUUCAACGCAAGGAUUAAGCUUUAUAAACCUUAUCCAGGCAGUGCAACAUCGCCUACACAUCUUCAUCUAUUGAAUACGAUCCACAGCACGAUCUUGAUGGGAUAAAAAAACACGAAGAACAACAUUCGAAGAAAAAAAUGCCGGGGAGCUGCUUUUGACUUUUUGGACUUGAAUGAAAGAAGAUGAAGGUAAAAGAUAUGAUAGAACUCCAGACAGAGGUCCUCCAGUCCAGAUGCUGAUACAACACUCAUAGAAAUGAAUUUGAAUACCGCUACUGCUAUAAAGCCACAAAAAUAUUAACUCGGCCCUCCAGACAUAAG